CUGAACGCUGAGCUCCUGCAGUCUAUCAGCCCAAUAUGAGCGAUUCACCUCCUGAUAGUACGACUAUCUCUUGUCUUCCGAACGAGGUUUUACAGAAGAUUUUCUAUUGUCUUUGCGCCCCCUCUUGGUCACGCUUCUGGUCAGACUAUCGGCCAAUAAUCCGAGCGACCCAUGUCUGUCGCCUUUGGAGACAGAUCGCAAUCAAUCAGCCAGAAUUGUGGGCCUAUAUCCUUGUCGACGGCGAUCCUGCGCGCAUGACUCCCAUUCUCCUCGAGCGGUCAACAUCAGCGCCAUUGACUAUCACCAUGCCGUACUUUGGACCCAAGCGUGACCCGUCAACCAUCCUAGCGGAACAACGCCUUUGGAAGGAUUUGUCCAAGGCCAUGGAGAGGGUCGUACAUCUCGAUAUCAACUGGAACCUGACCGAGGACAGUAUACCCAUUGUGGAGGAGAUGAUAUCCGCUGCACCCGUGCUCCAUACUCUAUGUGUCUCGGACGGCGGCUUCCAUUCACGAGGGCAAAAUGGGCGAAUACUUGGAGGGAAGUUUCGCGACGGGCAUGGUACUCCUCAACUGCGAACAUUGAAGCUCAAGGGUUGCAGCAUCCCAUGGACAUCCCAGGUGUUAGUCAAUCUGACCACGCUCCAUGUCGGCGGUUACCGAUCUCCCCCCACACAUUGUUCGGGAAAGGAACUCCUGGAUGCCCUGGAGCAGAUGGUCGGGCUUAUCGAGCUAGACUUCGACCUCAAACUUCCCUCCCUAUUGGACGUACCAGAAGAUAGAGUCGUGGCACUUCCCAGUCUACGGUCCUUCAAGUACCAUCUCAACGAUGAUCCCACAUUACUGGACCACAUUGCCUUCCCUGAAGCGGCAAACCUCCAUAUUACGUUCGAUUACGACAUACGCCCGCUCCUUCCCUCGAUAUUACCGCGACGCUUGACAAACUUGUCUUCCACCCCGCCUAACUCGUCGUCCAUGCGGUCGCCCCCUGCCUUUACAUUCCAGCAAUUCAAAAGUCUCAUGGUCAGCGUCCAGAGAUGGGAAUACGACAUAGAUAUGGAAUGCCGUGCCUGGUCAGGGGAGGUGGACUUCGCCACGCUCCCGAGCACUGGGACUGUAUCCUAUUCCCUUAAACGAGAAAAGUCUUGGGCCAACUGCAAAGACUUUCUCGUAGCUCUUCAUCCAAGCAACAUUCGCCAUCUAUGCGUCAGCCAGUGGUAUGAUCGCACGGAGUACCGCUUGGCGCCGUUCCCCUUUUUUCCGUCGGUGGAGGAAAUCUUCUUCCGUAAAUUGAACAGCAGCUCCUUGCGUGACCACCUGGGGCACCUUAUUGGGACUAUGGAAGAGCACGACCACCCGGCACUCAAGAGCCUCACACUUGAAGAAAUAUCCUUUCCAUCCGGCUCUCGCUGUUCCAUAUUCACGAAAUCCGAGGUCUCCGUGAAGAUGAUAUUGAGGGCGACCCAGGUGCUGGCCGAAUUGGGGAAAAGGGUGGAAACGCUGCGCUUCCUGCGGUGCAUCGAUCUGUCUGACUCAUUGGUGGGAGAACUGGGUGCGUUCGUUGGAGAGGUGGUUGUGGAGGAGCGGCGGUGGUCUAAAGCAAAGACAUGCUACAACCGCAAGUGUGAGUUCUGUCGUGAAACGAGCGACUACGACAGCAGUAGCGAUGACUUUUAGUUUUUCUUUGGACUGCCCAUAGGUCCCCUUGUCUUCUUUAUUGAAUGGUUGGUUUGU